UCAUAUUUAAUGGAACAGUUAAGAAUGCUACUUAAUUUAAACUUCAUUUGUAUUGAAAACUGUGGGCAAAAUUUGACUCCAAAUUAUUGUGGUGUAAUUAACGUGAGUUGUAAAUUGCUGGAGAAAAUUGCUUUUAUGUCUUUAUACUCUUUUUAUAUUUUCAGCUGAGGAAUCAACACGCCCUCUCAAAGUCCAGUCCUCCUUUUUAAUGCUCCGUCUCUCCCUAUUCACUAAACCCCUGUCCUUGAUGUUUCCCUAAUUACUAUGACUCAAGACUGUGAAUGAAUAAGCAACAGUAACUGGUGUUUUUACAUUAACCAGUGAGCUAUAGGUGGUCCUCCUUCAUUUCUUCGCACAUGCCUGGAGUGUAAAAGGCAAGGUUGUUUCUGUAACCAGAAUCUACUUGCAAUGUGAAAGGAGCAGCGGAUUGCCUCUUACGUUUUUAUUUUAUUUUUUUAUUUUUACUUUUACCACUGGUUCUAUUCCAAGCUGCAGUUAUUUAAUAGAAGUUUCUAGGAAGAGCACAUGGCCACCAUGGAUGAAGCCGUGGAAACCACCGUUGAUCCGGCGUGUCUACAGGAACCUCCACUGGCUCUGGACAUGCUCAUGCAGCUAGAUGUGUUUGGGAUUUGCCUCUAUUCCAUGCUCUCCUUCAUGUCCUUUGUUACCCUGCUGCUGUACCUGGAGCAGUGUGUGUACAUUUACAAAAAGGUGUCCUAUCCCAAGAAGACAACCAUUAUCUGGAUAAGUGGUGCUGCACCAGUCAUCGCCACCAUGGCCUGCUGUGGGAUGUGGGUUCCCCGCGCCGUUAUGAUCACAGACAUGACAUCAAACUGCUAUUUUGCAGUUGUGGUGUACAAGGUUCUGGUUCUGCUGGUUGAGGAGCUUGGAGGCACCAGUGAUUUUCUACAACGAUUUUCUGGGAAACCCUUCAGGAUCAACACAGGACCCUGCUGUUGCUGCUGCGCCUGCUUUCCUCAUGUACCAAUGUCAUGGAGGAUGUUAUUCCUGCUGAAGCUGGGAGCUAUACAGUAUGCAAUCCUAAAAACAGUUCUCUCUAUCCUUUCUGUUAUUCUCUGGACAAACGGCACCUUUAACCUAGCUGAUCUAGAGAUCACUGGAGCAACCAUUUGGAUCAACCCAUUCAUUGGUGUUCUCACCGUCAUCUCCCUUUGGCCUGUCGGUAUCAUCUUCAUGAACACCAACAUCCUAAUGCGCAGUCUGAAAAUUAUUCCCAAGUAUGCCAUGUACCAACUCAUACUUAUCCUGAGUCAGCUCCAGACAUCCAUCAUCAACAUCCUGGCCUUAAACGGAUCCAUCGCCUGCGCCCCUCCCCUCUCCUCUCAGGCUCGUGGAUCCAUGUUGAGUCAGCAGAUAAUGAUUAUGGAGAUGUUCAUCAUCAGCCUCGUCACCCGGUCUUUGUACCGCAGAAUGUAUGACCCACUUCCCUCUGAGGAGCACGACAAUGAGCAGAACAACAAGGCGGCCCUGAAGGCUGCUCUGGAGGAGCAUGACGUUUAAGAGGAAGACGGAAUGUCAGCACCUGUCUCUGACAUGUAUAUAGGAAGCAUAUAAGUUAGAAAAUUUGAUAUUUACAUAUUUUGCCUCAUGAUGUUUAAGGAUAGGGUGCUUAUUAUUUAUCAAGGUACGGUUUUGAGUAAUUUUAAAAACAAUUUACAGGGCACUUUUCAAAGUGAAUUGUUUCUAGUUUAUUAUUUUUUGUAUUUAGGUGAUGGAAUUUUCUUUCUUAAUAAUUACAACAUAUGGACCCAAGACAAAGUCCUGACGACUGACUGUGCUAAAUGGGGAAUGUUUACUUCAGAGUAUAUUUGAGCCCCCCUACAACCAAAUACAAACCUAUUACUCCAAUGGCCAUUUCUCUGAA